AUGCGCAGUUUGCAGACACAUAUCUCUCCACUCGUUCAAAAACUACAAUUUGAAAAUUUAGAAAACUUCACUAGCAGUUCAACUGUCGGUAAUCAUCUUCGUGAAUAUGCUUCUGUCGUAUUGUGUGGAUGGCCCAAUCCAUUAAAUGUAAAUGCACUUCCAUUUGAAUUAUUAUCGAACCUCUCAUUCUGUUUGAAACCUGGUGGUCGUCUUGUUGGUCGGGUACUGACUACGAACGUGUGGGAUUCUUUGAGAAAAAACUUGACUCUCUCCGGAUAUAUGGGUCCCCAACAGCUACACGAUGAAAAAUACCUAAUAUUCAGUGCCUCAGUCCCAUCACACUAUACUCAGGGUUCAAGUGUUAAGCUUCCAUGGGCUAAUAGUGACGUCGAAUCGGCUUGGGAAGACGUUGACAAAGAAGAUUCUAAUGAUAUCAGUGAGAAUGUCAUAGACACAAAUGCACUACUGCAGAAAGCAGACUUUGAGGCGCCGGCUGUCUGUGGUAAAGAAGCAGUUACUGACUCAGCGGGUAAAAAGAAACGAGCGUGUAAAAACUGUACAUGUGGUUUGGCUGAAAUUGAAGCACAAGACGAAGAAAGAGAAGCCCAUAUCCCUAAAUCCUCCUGUGGAAAUGUAAGUCAAGAAGUAAUUUUUCCAAUUAUUUACGCGUAA